UCAAUGGCGUGAUGGGUGAGAUGAUGUAUGACAGUAAGUUUUUCUACUGUAAAACGUCGAUCGAAAGUUAAAAAUUAUAUAUGUUUUGUAUAGAUUUAUUCUAUAAGACAGAAUUGAUAAGUUUUGCAAUUCGGAUAAAACAUGAUUUAAGAAGUAAUGUCUAUCAUUAAACAUUAAAAUAUCGUAAGAAUUGAGGUCUCCGUUUUAGUAAUGGCUGCCGUCGACAAGAUUGUCGAUUCAAAUACUAAUCAUUGCAAUGUUCCAGAAGUUAACGGAGACGUGGAGAAAGAUGACCCGUUGGAAAACCUUAUGGAGAAAUUGCGCACAAAAGCUUCACAUUAUAAAUCCUGGAGUGACAUGACCAAAGCUAUUAGAAUGGCGGAUAAACGUCAUCUGAUUGAUAAUAUUGAAAGAAAUCAAUUACAGAAAUGUCUUGAUACCAUCCAAAAAUCCAUUAAAGUAACAUCACUGCAAUCAAUGAUGGAAAGGUUGGAAAGUAUAACAAGACAGCAAGGAUUAAAAUUUUCUUUGGGGCCAAAUGGUUCAGAAUGUUAUAUUAGUUCUGAUAUGUUUUACAUUGAAAUUAUCCUUGAAGCUAAUGGUGAAGUCAAAGAUUCAAAAAUAGCUCAUCAUGGUGAUCCAUUGAGUUGUUCUGAAUUAACUAAAGUAUUAAGAAGUGGUGAUUUUUCUGAAUUCACCAAACAUCUGGAAGGACUUUCAGCAAUAUAUCAGUUGAAUGCUGAUAAGAAACAAAAAACAAAAGCAUACUUAGCUCUUCAUGCUCUCGAAAUAGAUUUAAGUACAUUAGCACAAUUACAAAGUACAAUAAAUGAUCCUACCAAUUUAGUUCAUAAGUCUCCAGUUGGUAUUUUACAGUUAAGACAAGGAGGUAAUCCGAUGAAACUGACUUAUUUUAUUUCUCCUUAUGACUUGUUGGAUGUUGAAACUAAAUCAUCAAUUCCACUUACUGUUGAUGCUGUUCUAGAGAGGCAUCUAGGGCAUUCUGUUACUGUUUGUAUUGAAAGUUCGACUGCACACAAAUUGCAAACAAUGUCACUUUUAAGUGUAUCAAAAACUCCUGAAGGAAAAAGUCUGCCAUCUUUUGCUGCUUUGAGCAAUUUAAAUAGUACAACUUUACCAGCAAGCUUUGUUCUGCAUCUUCCUAAUUCUAUUCCAAUGGCAACAAAUCUUAUCAAGAAAAUUCAAGCAGUUACAAAUAUAGAAUGUGCAGAUAUGACAACUUGUCAGUCAUUACUCUCACUUAUCAUUAAAGAUAUGUCAGAAGGAAAAUUAGAGUGCCGCAGUGAUCAAGGACUUUAUGUAACAUUGCCAGAUCAGCAUCAUUGUUAUUUCUUGAAUGCUAUUAAUGAUCUUCAAGGUGCUCUAGUAUCUGCAAUUCCUUUUACUCACCCUACUCAUGUUCCACAGAUUUUAGUAUUUUUAAGACAACAAAUGCUUUUCAAUACAGUCAUAGGAAGUUGUGUCCGUCCAACCAGCAAACAAAACAUUGAUUCUGCUUGGAUAUUUGAAAUAACUGCAUUAUCUACUUCUCAUAUAACUGUUUCUUUUAAACAUCCAAUGGAAGAGUCUUUAGCAACAGCGGAAUUGGAUCUGAAAGAUAUCACCAAUGUGAAGUGUAAAAUUUAUACUCUGAGCAGUGAUGCUUCUAUCUGUACAGAUGAAUAUGCAAGUAAAGUAAUGCAAAGGUGUCUUUCAAUACCGGUGACAAUGAGAGCAGUCAUUCGCAAAGCCCAAGGUCAGCAACAACAACUACGUCCGUCCAGUCAAGGUGAUCUCUAUUGUGCAGCAGUAUCUAGUGGUGCUGGUGUCUCCUAUCUUUCUCAGCAUCCAAAUUAUGGAAGAAAUCUUGCCAAUGGUACAGGAUUUCCUAGUGGAGAGUUUACAAACCUCUCUUCUAGAAUGAAUGGAAAGCAACAUGAUUUGAAUAUUGUUGGAACAAAUAAUGAUCAAAUUAAUCAUUUAGGAAAGACAAUCAACAUGGAUCAUAAUUCUGAACAGCAAAUGUACAAUAUACCUUCUACACUUUCACAUAAUUCUGAUAUCAUAAACCCUAUUCAUACACAAUCAUUAGCACAAACUAACUCUCAUCAAGAUUUGUACAGUAUGAGUUCUGAUAGAACAUUAGCAAAUACAACAAACCCAUUACUUGGUACAUUAUUGUCACAAAAUUCUGGAACUGCAGCAGCUCAGUUGGCUCAAUAUCAGCAAAUUAAACAAGGAGGUUCAAAUACAAUGCUCAUGAGUAUGUUAAGUGAUCUUCCUGCUGCUAAUUCACCAUCCACAUCGUUUCCUUUUUUAUCGCAAGGGAAUACGACUGUGGUGGCGAAACCUCGGAAACAAAGAAAACGUAAGACGCUUUCUGACAGUCGUAGUCCUGGAAGUACAAUGGGGAAAAGUCCAAAAAGAAAAAUGAGUGAUGAUGAUGGUAUUAUAAAAGAUUUGCCAACACCUGAUGUAGAAUCAUCUGAAAACAUAACAACACCUUUUGAAAUAAAUAAUUUAUCUGUAGGAAUUCCAGAUCAGUCACUUAUUGUUAGAGUAACACCACUUGAAUCUUACUUGAAAAGUGAUGUAAAUGCUCCUCAGCGAACAAAUAGUAUUGAUAGUUCUCAUACUGGUAUUAGUGAUACAGAUACAAAUGCUGUUAAUGAUGAUUGUUCUAGUAGUGUGGAUUCAUACAAUAGCACUCAGAAUAAAAGACAGUACAGUUUUACUUCUGAAUCAGAAUAUAAUGCAGAUUAUAUUGCUAAUAAGACUUCAAAUUUUGUGGAAAAUAUUACUGAAUCAAGUACUAUUGACUUAGAUACAUGUGAUGCUAAUGCAUUUGGAAUGGAUUUAAAUCCUGCUAUUAUGGCUUCAAAGUUGGCAGCCAGUAUGGAUAGGCAAAGUAAAAAGCUAAAGAAAUUUAAAAUAGAAAAUGAACUGAAGUCUAAUAACAUAUUGUCAGGGGAGGAAAAAACUGAAGUGCAAGAUAAUCGAACUAAUAUGGAUACUAAUGUUGGCUUUUUGUCUAGUUCUUUUGGAUCUAGUCUUGACAGGUCACAUAUGGAUGAACAGGUAUCUAAAACUCCUCCUUUGUCACAGUCUCCAGAUCUGGGAACAAGUUUAAAAAUUGCACGUUCUGGUGAUAGUUUAAAAGUGUCCAAGAGUGAAGGAAAACUAAAAAGGAAAGAAGGCAAAAGAACAGAUGAUGGAUCACUUAGUAAAAAGAAGGGUGAUGCUAAAAAGGAAAGAAAACGCAAGAGAAUUGAAUCUGCAGAUGAUGAUGCUAAAUCUCCAGUACGUCCAUUGCAUUUAACAUUAGAUUCAACUUUAAUGCCACCUCCGUCUACAUCAAGUGGAGAAAUAUCACCAUUAGUUUCCACUGCAACUGAUAAUCAGUUAGUAAAGCAUCCAAAGGACAUAUCUAGUAGAUUAUCCACAUCCCCAUCUCGCUCUAAAUCGCCAAGUUUUUCUACAAAGAAAUCUCUGUUAACAGCACAUAGAAGUAACAGUCCUACCUCAAAAUCACUUCAGUCUGGAAAGACUAAUCAGAGUGAAAAAUUAGUAAAACCACUUCCUCUCAGACAGCCACAGGUAUCAAUGGGAAAAAGUGGAUCAGAUUCAGAUGGUUCUAAUUCAUUUGUUAACACUAAAGUUACAUUAUCUACAUCGUUAAAAUUGCAAACUAAGCAUAAACAAGGGAGCAAUUUUAAAACUAGCAUAUCAAAUUCUUCCACUGGAGGAACUAACACUUCUAGUUCUUUGAGUUGUGGACAGGUUCAAUCAAUAGGUAGUCAUUCAAGUGGGGGAGGAUCAUCACCAUCAAAGUUAUCUACAAAACCCCCAACUUUAAAGUUGAAAAAUUUAAAUCUGCCUUCAUCAACCACCAUAACUCCUAUACCAGUUAAAACUCAUUCAUCAUCUCCAACACUUCUUGUACAAUCUCCUAUUGCAAAUCAGUCUGUGUCUACAUCUUCAAUAUCUAUUAUUCCUGCAUCUUCUACUUCUAAAGCACUUAUUUCUGGAAAUAAUGCAAAAGCUGGAAAAUCUCUGUUGAGAUCAAGAAAAGUAGGAUUAAAUGCAGUUAUUGAUAAAUUAAUGGUUAAUGCAAGUGCACAACACAUAGUACCUCCUGGUGACAAUUCUAAAGCGGAAGGUUCUUCAGAUCGCAAGGAAUCAAAAUCUGAGAAGAAGGAAACUUCUAAAGAAUCUCUCAAAGACAGAGAAGGAUCAACAAUCAAAAGCUCUGAGUCUAAACCAAAAUACUCUAGUUCUGAUCAGUUUACUGUCAAGCAGAGCUCUGGAAUUAAAUUGACUGUUACUAAAACAAAAUUUACUGAUAACUCAAAAUCUCUAAGUAAAAUGAAACAGUUGUCUAAACAACCAUUAUCUUCAAAUACAGCAAAUUCUACAAAAGUUAGUAGUUCAUCUGGAAGUUCUUCAACAGUUAAAACUGGAAGUAUAACCACACCAAAAAAAUCAGUUUCAUCAUCAACAUGUAUGCAACCUAAAUCAAGUAUGAUUCAGUCAAAGAAUAGUGGAUCUGUAAUUUCAAAGAAUCAAUCUCCAAGUAGCACAUCCUCCAGCAUAUCAUUGACAUCAUCAUCAUCACUACCAAGAACUUUAAGUUCCUCAGCCAAUAGUGUUUCAAAGCCAAAAGUUACCAUGUCAUCACAAAAUAAAAGUUUAUUAAAUGCUAAACUUUCAUCAGAAAAAUCAGAAAAAUUGAAGCCUGUUUCAACUGAACUAAAAACAUCUCAGACUACUGAAAACAGAAGUGAUAAAAUGUCUAAUAAUUUUCUCAAUGUUGGAUCAAAUCUGAUGCCACCACCUCUACAUAAUAAAUCACUUUCAGAACACAGGUCUUUGAGUAGCAGUAAUGUGUCUAGUAAGCACGAGGAAUCCCCCUUGAGACAGUCACCAAGGCAUACGCCAAAUCGAGAUAAUUCUGUGGAAGAAUCUGAGGGAGAACGAGCAUUCAGGCUCUUACUGGCUCAAACCAAAGUAGAUAAUCAGAAUGGAACUUUAAAUGUAGAACAGAGAGCAGCUACACCAAAACCAGUAGAUGUGCCCAGUGGUGGAAAUGGUGAAAAUAAUGUUUCAAAACAUGAAACUAUUUUAAAACCGGAAUUAGAAGAGAAGUCACAAUGGGUAAGUAGUAGCACUGAUAUAAAACCAACUGUACCAAAGUGCCUUUCUGAAAAAAGACUAGAAGAAUUGCCCAGUGAAAACAUUGCAGUAUCAGAUUCCAGUGAAAGAAAAUUAUCAAACACUCAAAUUGAAGCAUUAUCUACGGGUAAAUGUGAACUUCCCACUACUGUGACACCAACAGUUUCUGCUGAAGAAUCCAGCAGGUCAUCGUCAUCCCCAUUUCCCCCCAAGACCAGAAGAGUAUUCCCUUCCAGCGAAGAUAGUAGCCCAGAAGACGGUCUGGUGAUAGAUUGUCCCGGAACACCUAGGCUACAAAAGUCGCCCGAAAAAAAAGUGUCGUGGUCGAGUCCCAGAUUAGAAACAACGGUCGUCAAUGACGAAAAAAUAGACUCCUCUUCUGGUCCAUUUAAUGCCAAAUCACCAUUUCAACAGUCACCAUCACUCAAAUCGCCAAUUCCGGUGACGACGCCACCCUCCAACCAUUCCGCCUCUAGUUCGAUGUCGCGUCCCUCUCCGUAUGAUAUUGACGACGAGCUGAUGGAUGAAGCAUUAAUAGGAGUUGGGAAAUGAGGACUAUCAUAUUAAAUGCUUUUAUAUACAUCUUUGUGAUUUUAAAAGAUCGGAACAGUAUUAGAUCAUCUACGACACUGCUCGUCAUAUAUUCUUGUACAUAAUUCUGAGGUUAAGUACAACAUACAGAUUUUUAUAAUAUAUAUGUCCUGUGAUAUUAGGUCCCUUAAAUUAAUUUGUCAUUUCUUUUAGUGCUUAAGUAGAGCUUAUUAGUACUUGUAUCAUAAGAUAAACAUCAAUUGCUGAUGUGCAAUUGUAUACACACCUGCUUUGCUCAAAUGAAUAACGUGCAAUACAGAUUGCACAUUUGUUUGUUGCUCUGUAAAAUCUUUGGCAUAUUAGCAGCUGUAUAUUGGUGCAUUUAAUGUCUUUAUUAGAAUGUAUUAUUAUUAUUAUUAUUUAA